CCACAGUUAGACCCUAUUCCCUCGCUCUUAUAUCUAUCACUCACAAACACAAUAAACAAACACAAACCACUCCGAAUACAAACUCUUCUUUUUCUUCUUCUUCUUCUUUUUCUUCUUAUGUCACCACCACCAACCAUUCAUGGACCCUUAUGGCUUUUUCACGUGAUUCUCACUGUUUCAGACACCAAACUCCACCUUGGUUCCAACUCUGAUUGCUUGGAAUGCUGUUUCUACAAUGGUCGAGAGAACCGUGCCUGGCUCUGCCAUCAAGGUUGUUUCUAAGAAGACCUUGUGUUUUUUCUUCGGAAUGACAACGUUGUUGUUCAUGUUGUCGUGGUUGUUCGUUCUGCGCUCCACGCAAUCCGAUGCUACGUCUAACUCCAGCCUUUUCUCUUCCUUCAACGACUCAUAUUCUGAUCCAGUGGAGAAAAAAUAUGUAGAAGAAGUAGAACCCUCGAUUGGUAAUAGAGCAAUACUCGGUGACAGUAUAGAAGCAGAAGCAGCAACGACGACGACCACAACAUCACGUGACGUGGUACAACAACAACAACCACCACCACAACAACAAGAAGUGCCGGAAGAACAAGAACAGGAACAAGGUGUGAAAUGCAAACCACGUGUUCUGAGAGUUUUCAUGUAUGAUUUGCCUCCUGAGUUUCAUUUUGGACUAUUGGAUUGGACACCUCAAGAGAAUGCUGACAGUGUUUGGCCUGAUAUCAAAGCUGUGUCACCCCAUUACCCUGGAGGGUUGAAUUUGCAGCAUAGUAUAGAGUAUUGGCUUACUAUGGAUAUUCUUGAUUCAGAGGUACCUGAAGCUGAAGCAGAAUCUAAAGCAAAGAAUGUGAUGAGAGUUAGAAACUCUAGUGAUGCUGAUGUGAUAUUUGUGCCAUUCUUUUCCUCUCUUUGUUAUAAUCGGUUUUCUAAAACUGGCCCACAUGAGAAGAGGAGCAGGAACCAGGUGCUGCAGGAAAAGUUGGUGCAUUACGUGACAGCACAAGAGGAAUGGAAGAGGUCAGGGGGGAAGGAUCAUGUCAUCUUGGCUCAUCAUCCGAAUAGUAUGUUAUAUGCAAGAACAAAGUUGUGGCCAGGAACUUUCAUACUCUCAGAUUUUGGGAGGUACCCUCCCACCGUGGCUAAUGUUGAGAAAGAUGUGAUUGCACCUUACAAACAUGUGGUUAAAUCCUAUGAUAAUGAUCAAUCCACUUUUGGUAGCCGUCCAAUAUUGCUCUACUUCCAAGGAGCUAUAUACAGAAAAGAUGGAGGUCAUGUUCGACAUGAGCUAUACUAUCUUCUGAAAAGGGAAAAGGAUGUGCAUUUUUCAUUUGGGAGUGUUCAAAAGGGUGGAAUUAAAAAAGCCACAGAAGGCAUGCGUUCUUCCAAGUUCUGUCUCAACAUAGCCGGAGACACCCCUUCAUCGAACCGUUUGUUUGAUGCCAUAGUCAGUCACUGUGUUCCUGUGAUCAUCAGCGACGAAAUCGAGUUGCCAUACGAGGAUGUUCUUGACUACUCUCAGUUCUGCAUAUUUGUCCGUACCAGAGAUGCCCUGAAAAAGAGGUAUCUGAUAGACUUCAUUAGGAGCAUUGGGGAGGAAGAGUGGACCAGGAUGUGGAAUAGGUUGAAAGAGGUUGAGAUUUUCUAUGAGUUUCAGUUCCCUUCCAAGGAGGGUGAUGCUGUGCAAAUGAUUUGGCAGGCUCUGAAACGCAAGGUUCCUUUCAUGAAGUUGAAAACUAACAGGUCUAGAAGGUUUUUCAGGUCUCUUCAGAGAAGUGAGCACAGAUCAAUACCUGCACCAUCUAGUUUUUUAGAGAGUCUUAGAAUGAAAAUGGCGCUAUCUUCUUCAUCACCUUGUUGGUGUUCUUCCCCUCCACCGCUUCCUCCCUUCACCCAACGACACCGUUUUGUUACUCUCAAACCCUACACUCGUUCUCAACCACACCACACCCUCGCCGCCGCCGCCACCACCAGACCUUCUACUCCGUUAGUGCACUCCACCAGACAAGGGUUUGACACCGUCAACAUUGCCGAAGAUGUCACUCAGUUGAUUGGAAAUACGCCAAUGGUAUACCUGAAUAAAGUUACUGAGGGUUGUGUGGCUAACAUUGCUGCCAAACUUGAGUCUAUGCAACCUUGCCGCAGUGUUAAGGACAGAAUUGGCUAUAGUAUGUUAUCCAAUGCUGAAGAGAUUGGAGCAAUUUCUCCCGGGAAGACCGUGUUGGUUGAACCAACUACGGGAAAUACAGGACUUGGCAUUGCUUUUGUUGCAGCAACAAAAGGGUACAAACUUAUAGUCACAAUGCCUGCUUCUGUUAAUGUUGAGAGGAGAAUCCUUUUACGUGCUUUUGGUGCAGAGGUUAUUUUGACUGAUUCUGAGAAGGGGUUAAAAGGGGCUGUUGACAAAGCUGAAGAAAUUGUACGCAGCACACCCGACGCUUACAUGUUUCGACAGUUUGAUAAUAUGACUAAUGCCAAGAUACACUUCGAAACUACAGGGCCAGAGAUAUGGGAGGAUACCCUGGGCAAUGUUGAUGUAUUGGUUGCUGGGAUUGGAACUGGUGGUACCAUUACUGGCACUGGACGUUAUCUGAAAAUGAUGAACCAAAAUAUAGAGGUGGUUGGGGUGGAACCUGCAGACCGAAGUGUCGUUUCAGGUGACAAUCCUGGUUUCUUGCCAAGCAUUUUGGAUAUCAAACUGCUUGACGAAGUUAUCAAGGUUACAAAUGUUGAAGCUAUUGAAAUGGCGAGGAGAUUAGCAUUGAAAGAAGGUUUGCUGGUUGGGAUUUCUUCAGGAGCUGCAGCUGCUGCUGCCAUAAAAUUAGCAAGACGGCCUGAGAAUUCUGGGAAACUUAUUGUGGUUAUUUUUCCAAGUUUCGGUGAGAGAUAUAUUUCUACUGCUCUCUUCCAAUCUAUCUACGAAGAGGUUCAGAACAUGUAAGAUUUAGAUUCUACCUUAACGAGGACAAUAGCCAAUUAAAGAUUGAAGCUGCUCUCAUGGCACUGCCAUUCAAAGAAGUAGCAGCUGUCUCUUGCUUUGUAUAGAUGCAUCAUUUGGACAAAGCACAAUUUUGAAGCCGAGGUCUUUCAGGAAGCUAAAAGGGGGAACUGACAUAUUGUACACUGUCUUUUAUAUUUUCAAUUUUUAUACUGGUAAUCUAGCGUGGCCUAUUCUUUUCAUUAUUCUUCACUUUCCCUUCCCAGUGUCAAUGAUGAGUAGUAUUGAAAUGUCCUACAGAAUUGUUAGCAUUCUUUUCCCUAUUUACUAUUAUCGGACUGUAUUUUAUAUAUGUAGAUAUAUGGAAGCAUUACGCAUUUACUCUGCA